CUUACGAGCAGGUACCUGAGUGCAGGGGACCUCAACCGUGACAAUGACAGCAGAUGAGUUGGUUUUCUUUGUGAAUGGCAGAAAGGUGGUGGAGAAAAAUGCAGACCCAGAAACAACUCUGUUGGCCUACCUGAGAAGAAAGUUGGGGCUAUGUGGAACCAAGCUGGGCUGCGGAGAAGGAGGCUGCGGUGCUUGCACGGUGAUGCUCUCCAAGUAUGAUCGACUCCAGAACAAGAUCGUCCACUUUUCAGCCAAUGCUUGCCUGGCCCCCAUCUGCUCCUUGCACCACAUGGCUGUGACAACUGUGGAAGGAAUCGGAAACACCAAGACAAGGUUGCACCCUGUACAGGAGAGGAUCUACAAAAGCCAUGGCUCCCAGUGUGGGUUCUGCACUCCUGGCAUAGUCAUGAGCAUGUACACGCUGCUCCGGAAUCAGCCCGAGCCCACUAUCGCAGAGAUUGAAGAUGCCUUCCAAGGUAAUCUGUGCCGUUGCACUGGCUACAGACCCAUUCUUCAGGGUUUCCGGACCUUUGCCAAGGAUGGUGGGUGCUGUGGAGGAAAAGGGGACAACCCUAAUUGCUGCAUGAACCAGAAGAAAGAUGACACGAAGAUGAUUCUUUCACCAUCUCUCUUCAAUCCUGAGGAAUUCCAGCCCCUGGAUCCUACCCAGGAGCCAAUCUUUCCCCCUGAGCUACUGAGGCUGAAAGACAUCCCUCAGAAGCAUUUACGCUUUCAAGGGGAGCGGGUGACCUGGUUCCAGGUGUCCACGCUGGAAGAGCUGCUAGAGCUGAAAAAGAACCAGCCUGAAGCCAAGCUGGUGGUGGGAAACACAGAGAUUGGUGUUGAGAUGAAGUUUAAGAACAAGCUGUUUCCGAUAAUCGUCUGCCCAGCCUGGGUGCCUGAACUGAAUGCUGUGGAACAUGGACCUGAAGGGAUCACCUUUGGGGCUGCUUGCUCCUUGACCUUAAUGGAGAAGACUUUGACAGAGGCAGUGGUCAACUUGCCAGCCCACAAGACAGAGGUGUUCCGAGGUGUCCUGGAGCAGCUGCGCUGGUUUGCAGGGAAACAGGUCAAGUCAGUAGCGUCCAUUGGGGGAAACAUCAUUAAUGCCAGCCCCAUCUCUGACCUCAACCCUGUGUUCAUGGCUAGUGGAGCCAAGUUGACCAUCAUAUCAAAAGGUACCAAAAGAACCCUGCGAAUGGACCAAAACUUCUUCCCAGCCUACAGAAAGACACAGCUGAGUCCUGAGGAGAUCCUGUUGUCCAUUGAGAUUCCCUACAGUAGGGAGGGUGAGUUCUUUUCAGCAUUCAAGCAGGCCUCCCGCAGAGAAGAUGACAUUGCCAAGGUGACCUGUGGCAUGAGAGUCCUGUUCCAACCAGGGACCUCGGAGGUGAAGGAGCUGGCCCUCUGCUUUGGUGGAAUGGCGGAACGAACAGUGGCUGCCUUGAAGACCUCACAGAAGCAGCUGACAAAGUCCUGGAAUGAGCAGCUGCUGCAGGACGUGUGUGCCAGCUUGGCAGAAGAGAUGCAGCUGUCCCCCGAUGCGCCCGGUGGCAUGGUGGAGUUUCGACGCACCCUCACCCUUAGCUUCUUCUUCAAGUUCUACCUGACGGUGCUUCAGAAGCUGGGCAAAGGGGACACAGAUGAUAAGUGUGGCAAACUGAACCCCAGUGAUGCCAGCGCCACUUUACUUUUUUAUAAAGACCCUCCAGCCAAUGUCCAGCUCUUCCAAGAGGUGCCGAAAGAUCAGGCGGAGGAAGACAUGGUGGGUCGGCCCCUGCCUCACCUGGCCUCAGCCAUGCAGGCCUCUGGGGAGGCUGUGUACUGUGAUGACAUCCCUCGCUAUGACAAUGAACUGUAUCUCCGGCUGGUCACCAGCACCCGGGCCCAUGCCAAGAUCAAGUCUAUAGAUUUAUCAGAAGCCCAAAAGGUGCCAGGAUUCCACAGAUUUAUCUCUGCUGAUGAUAUUCCUGGAAGCAAUAAAACUGGGAUAGCGAGUGAUGAAACAAUCUUUGCAAAGGAUGAGGUGACUUGCGUUGGGCAUAUUAUUGGUGCUGUGAUUGCUGACACCCCAGAACAUGCACAGAGAGCUGCCCUGGGGGUGAAAAUCACCUAUGAUGAUCUUCCAGCUAUUAUCACAAUGGAGGAAGCUAUAAAAAACAAUUCCUUUUAUGGACCUGAGCUGAAGAUUGAGAAAGGCAACCUCACAAAGGGCUUUUCUGAAGCUGACAAUGUGGUUUCAGGUGAACUCUACAUUGGGGGUCAAGAGCACUUCUACCUGGAGACACACUGCACCAUUGCUGUGCCCAAAGGAGAGGCAGGAGAGAUGGAACUCUAUGUGUCCACACAGAAUACCACAAAAACCCAGGCUUUUGUUGCAAAAAUGUUGAAUGUCCCAGAAAACAGGAUUGUGGUCCGUGUGAAGAGAAUGGGAGGAGGUUUUGGAGGGAAAGAGACCAGGAGCACUGUGGUGUCCACAGCUGUGGCCUUAGCUGCACAUGUGACUGGCCGGCCUGUGCGUUGCAUGCUGGAUCGGGAUGAAGACAUGCUGAUAACGGGUGGCAGGCAUCCCUUCCUAGCCAAAUACAAGGUUGGCUUCAUGAAGACAGGGAAGAUCGUGGCUCUGGAGGUGGAGCACUACAGCAAUGCAGGAAACACCUUGGACCUCUCUCAGAGUAUCAUGGAACGUGCCCUAUUCCACAUGGAUAACUGCUAUAAAAUCCCCAACAUCCGGGGCACUGGACGACUGUGCAAGACCAACCUUCCCUCCAAUACGGCAUUCCGGGGUUUUGGGGGUCCUCAGGGGAUGCUCAUUGCUGAAUAUUGGAUGAGUGAUGUAGCAGUGACCUGUGGGCUGCCUGCUGAGGAGGUGAGUUGGGAAAACAUGUAUCGAGAAGGCGACCUGACCCACUUCAACCAGAAGCUGGAAGGUUUCACCUUGCCCAGGUGCUGGGACGAGUGCAUGGCUAGCUCAGAGUACAAGGCUCGGCGCAGUGAAGUGGACAAGUUUAACAAGGAGAAUUGUUGGAAAAAGAGAGUAUGCAUCAUUCCAACCAAAUUUGGGAUAAUCACUCUUUCUUUCCUGAAUCAGGCUGGAGCUCUGGUGCAUGUCUAUACAGAUGGCUCUGUGCUGCUGACACAUGGAGGCACAGAGAUGGGCCAAGGCCUUCAUACCAAGAUGGUCCAGGUGGCCAGCAAAGUUCUGAAAAUACCCACUUCUCUGAUCUACAUCAGUGAGACCAGCACGAACACAGUGCCCAACACCUCUCCCACAGCUGCCUCUGUCAGCACUGACAUCAACGGACAAGCUGUCUAUGAGGCAUGUCAGACCAUUCUCAAGAGGUUGGCACCCUUCAAGGAAAAGAACAAAAAUGGCUCCUGGAAAGACUGGGUCUUAGAUGCCUACCAGAAUGCUGUGAGCUUGUCUGCUACUGGAUUUUACAAAACACCCAACCUGGGCUACAGCUUUGAGACCAACUCAGGGAAUCCCUUCCACUACUUCAGCUACGGGGUGGCUUGCUCUGAAGUAGAGAUCGACUGUCUGUCAGGGGAUCAUAAGAACCUGCGCACAGACAUCGUGAUGGACGUGGGAUCCAGUCUGAACCCUGCUAUUGAUAUUGGUCAGGUGGAGGGGGCGUUUGUCCAGGGCCUGGGUCUCUUCACCAUGGAGGAGCUGCUCUACUCCCCAGAAGGUUCCCUGCACACCCGGGGCCCUGGCACCUACAAGAUUCCUGCCUUUGGCAGCAUCCCCACGGAGUUCCGGGUGUCCCUGCUCCGGGACUGUCCCAACAAGAAGGCCAUCUAUGCAUCCAAGGCCGUUGGAGAACCACCCCUUUUCCUGGCUUCCUCCAUCUUCUUCGCCAUCAAGGAUGCCAUCCGUGCAGCCCGGGCCCAGCACAUGGACAGUCACACCAGUGAACUGUUCCAACUUGACAGCCCAGCCACUGCAGAGAAAAUCCGAAAUGCCUGCAAGGACCAGUUUACUGAUCUGUGCAUCACACCGAUGUCAGAAAACUGCCGACCUUUUUCUCAGAGGGUCUGAAGAGGCAGCUUUGGACGGAACUACCUAUGCCUCUCUGGGGGUGCUCCUUUCACAGUGUGCUAAUUGGGCGAGGAACACAUCCAGCAGAAGGGGGAUGAUGGCGCCUUGAUGCCUCAGGAUAACCUGGGGAAGAACACUACAUGCAUUGGGGAUGGUGAUUAAAAUAUGAUUUACAAACAUGAUAA